AUGAAAGCCAAUACCUUACCAACCAUCCUUAACAGACUUUCGGACUGGAAAACAUGUAAUGAUACUGUAACUGGGCGGAUAAAAGAUUUAUUGCCUAAUAAUUCCUGCACAACUCGCAUUCCACGACCAACACGUGUACGCUAUGCACAGAAAAUAGUCAACCAGAGCUUGUCGACUCUCUCGAAAGUGUAUAAAGAACAGAUAGACAAUCAUAAUAACGGUAUUGAUUGUGAAGUGAUAAAAACAAGGGUCAAAUGUUUAGUUGAGGUUACAUUGUACUGUAUUCAAGUUUUGGAAGGAGAAGCAAAAACUAGCUGUAAGCCACUAGACAUUGAAAAGGCGUAUUCGAAUAUUAUUGUUAAAAUGGUUGAUUUUAAGAGGCAUCAAGAAGCCAUCCCACAGCUGCUCCACCUACGCACUCGUCUCUUAGCCUUAAAAAAGAAUGGAGAAAAUGCUAAACUGCAGGAGAAGUUGCUAGAAUUUCGUCGUCUCUUACAACAAGAAAUCAAACAAGACUCGGAGGCCCUUGAUUUGUGUGAAGCGUGUUGGUAUCCAUCCGAGAUUGGAACGAAUAAUAUGGAGGUGGUGAAGCUGAUUCUUGCAUGUCACAUAAAUUGUCUGAGGUGUUUGACUGAGUAUGAAAACGGAUUGGGGAUUACGUACUUAACGAGGAUACCACAGCUACGUAAAAAUAUCAUUGAUUGGUGCAAAAGUAUCGAUGCAUCUGUUGCAAGAAGACAGUCAGAUGCCAUAUUGAGAGUGCUCACCGUUGCCUGUAAUAGUCUCAAAACGUCACCUGGCGAUAAUUCAGAAAUUAUAUUACAUCUGCGAUCUUUCUCAUUGCAAAUAUUCGUUACAACCGAACGAUUCACUUUGCCUUCACUUCUUGACCUGACGCUGAAAUCCGUAAUCCAGUUCGAGAAGACAUGUAAAUGUGGUAAAUAUCAGAAAUCACAACAAUUUGACAUGAGUAGUACCUGUACGGAUGAAAAUAUUGAUCUUCCGUAUUCUUUUCGUAAAGACGUUAACGUUAUGUACAGGAAAUUGCUUUCGUUCCAUGAUGAGAUUGCGUGCUUAAUUAAACCACAUUUGAAUGCACGUACGAUCGAAUCGACCUAUGUUGAAUGGAGAGAUCAUUACGCGUACAUUGCACAGAAGGCUAAUGACUACAGAAAAGCGAUACACAUACAUACCGAGACUCUGGUUUCGAUUCCAUCCACAUUAAUAGCUCAAUUUUCCACUCUGGCUUCCUCUCACUCGAUCUUAUCUUCUUCCCGUAACGCGCCCAUUAUUCCAAAAUUAAUCGAACGUUUUGUGAAAGUAACAUAUCUCGAUUGUCCGGAAGGAGAUUUUACUCCGAUAAUGAAGCUGUUGCUUAGUAUAGCAGUAGACAAGAAGGAUGUAGUCGCGUUGAUGGAGUAUGCGGUGAGAGUCAUCAGGAUCGUUGGACAGUCCGUAGGGGGGAUUUGUGUGAGAAGAAUGGUCGAAAGCGUAUUAGAUAUUUAUGAAAAGGCAGACUAUCCGAUCAGACACGCGAGAGUCUUGAUAGAAAAAGCGAAAUUAAUGAGAUGCAGCCCACUACUUGAAGAUCGUAAUAACGUUAUAUUCACGUUAAAUUCCGCCACAGAAUUACUCAAAGCCGAAAAUCUCAAAAAUGACGUCGGCCUCUUACAUUUACGCAAUCACUAUCUAGCGAUGGCGUAUUCCUGGGUUGCUGUCACCUCUCAAGAACUCGGACAGCCAUACGCAGACACGUUCAAGCUUGCGUUGGCUUUGUGGAAGAUUAUUUUAGCUGACGUACCCCCGCGUGGUAAUGAGGGGACUGUGUCUGGGAAGAAGCUGGAGGAAGUGAGGGAAUGCUUGGAUGAUGUUGAGGGAUGUUACAAGCAUCUUCAGAUGUUGGCGGAUUUUUUAGAGUCAGUACAGCAACCGGUUUAUUUGAUCUUGACGUUAAAGUUGCUAUUGAGGUUUAACAAUGGCGUUCGAGAAAAUGUCGACGAAUCGUUGUCAGACAGUGUGUGUAUUUUCAAUCAGCUUGGUCAAACAUAUUUACAGCUUGGGUAUACGGGAAAAGCUGGCUUAUCCUGGUCUCAGGCAAAGAAGAUUAUGGAAAGCACAUAUUGUCAAACUGACCAUCGUUUAUUAUGGAUGCUGGGUUACUGUCGAUACAUGAGCUCGAUUGGUCAUGUGGAGAAAAGUUGUAAUGUGUUUGAUGAGGCGAGGCAACUUGCAAUUGCUCGUCUUGAGAGUAAGAACAAAACGAACAUGGAUAAGGUUGCUAAGCGGAUGAAAUACGAGCAGCUAUUGCUUGCUGAUGCUGCUUGGACGCGAUCGUGUAUUUUGAUGGGACAUGGUUUACUGAAUGACGCUAUUAUUGAUGGAAAAAAGGCCCUGCGCAUUCUUAGUAGGCUGUUAUCAAAUAUAGAUAGAACAGGUCGAAUUCGAUGUAAAGAUCCGGUCGAGUCUAAUCCGUUUCUCGUCAAUAGCGAUUUCGAUGGAAAAAAUCGAGUCGAUAAAGAAAAAUCGGUAUUGACAUUGGCAGCGCAACGAUGGAAAUUACGCGUAACAAAAAGAUUGCUCGAAUGUUAUGAUCGGUUGGGACAGCUUUUUGGCUUACGCGGUUCAAUCAAAGAGGCCGAAUUUUUUUUUAACAAAGGUCUACAGCUCGCUCAGUCUAACAAUGCACAUACUGUGAUGAGUUCUUUUCUAUUGAAUAUUGCCGAAUUACAAUACAGAAAACAUUGUUGGAAAGAGAGCAAUGAUUUAUUGAAUGAGGUUGCUUUGAUGCAGAGACAGACUUCUAUUUUAGAACGGGAAGAAGUCAAAAUAAAUUUAUGUUUGGGAGAUCUCAAGUAUAGAUUACACGAUUAUGAUCAAGCAUUACAAUCUUAUAAUGCAGCUGAAAACAUUCUAACAAACAUUAUGGGAGAAGAAUAUAUAAUGCGGAUCGAGCGUGUUGAUUUGAGCGACAAUGUACUUCAAACUCCAAGGGCCAAACAGCUGCUAACUAUUCAACCAGCGAGAACGCCUGUAGUGAAGACUUCUGCUGACAGUACUGUCCAGUUUGAAUGUUUCUUGCUUGCUUAUAUGAAAGCCAAUCUUUUACGACGCGCUGGGCUGGUGAUGAGCAAACAAGGAAAAAUAGAAGACGCAUCGAAGUUUCUCAAGAACGCGUUUAUUCUUAACAUGUCUAUACUAGAGAAGGCUGAACAUCUUCUUAUACUCGGUAAAAUACAAAUAAUGAGAAUUGUUAAAAUAUUAGAACAGCCAUUCUCAACGUAUCAGAUGCUGCGUGAUUCAGUCCUCUGCCUGCCACCCAUAAUGAAUGCUGGAGACGCAAAACUCAAUCGUAGAGGACGAAGAAAAGCUAAUAUUAUAGUCACUGCUGAGACAAUACAGGAAAUUGAACAAGCUGAUGAAUAUCUGAUAGAAGCUUACGAUCUUGCAUUUGCUUGUGGUCCUACUUAUCUUGCUCAGGAUGCAUCGUUAGCGAUUGCAAUGCUGAGUAUUAUAAAAGCGUAUGGAAAUAUAAUUAAUCGUACAGAAUGUAAUGAUAUUACUGAGAUGUGUGCUUAUCAUCUGGAAAUGACGAAGGGAUUUGCAGCCAAGAGGGAGAUGCUUGCCGCGUUAAACGAGAAGCUUUAUCCCGAAUAUCUGCAAGACGACACACAAUGGCCAGGUGCAAUAUCAGAUGCCACGUCGGUCACGCGUCCCCAAACUAUCAUGAUGGAUGAGUCGCUACUCGAUGAUGAUACUAAAUCAAGGCGGGACUAUCUGACUCAGUUGCGAUCAUUAUACGAAAAAGAACUAACGGCACUUCCCGGUGAAUUCUCGCCGGCGUUUGUUGAUAUUCUCCCAUCCAAUUGGACAGUCUGUUCGAUAUCUAUCGAUACAGAUGCAAAUGACAUGUAUUUAUGUCGAUUACGUAGCCAAACAAAUCCAUUUAUUCUGAGAUUGCCACUAAGAAGAGUAUCAUCUGAGAAUGGAGAGGAUGGCGGGUUGUCCUAUGAAGAAGUUAUUGCUGAAUUCGACGAUAUAUUGGCUAGGAGUGCUCAGACUAUGGGGAAGAUAUGUGAGACCAAAGAGACGAAAUAUCAAUGGUGGGAAGAUCGAAAGGAAUUGGAUAUGCGCAUGAGGAAUCUACUUGAGAAUAUAGAAAACUUUUGGCUGAGUGGAUUUAAGGGCAUGUUGAUAGCAGACAGUUGCGAAGAUCCAGAAGCAGUGGCACAACUUAAACACAGACUAGAAACGUUGAUGGCUAAGGCGUUGGAAGAUAUUCUUAAUAAGAAGGGUAGUCAUAAGGGCUCGACACGAUUAGAGAUACUUCCAGACUUAUGUAAGGUUAUUGGUCGGUUAAGGGAAGAAUCAGAUACCGACAUCGAGGACAUUAUAUAUUUUCUACUGGAUUCAUAUCAAUACAAUAAUAUACCGAUAGCCUAUGAUGAGAUUGAUGUUGAUCAGCUUGUUGUAGACAUCAGGGAUGCUAUUUUCGAUUAUAACAAGUCGGUUUCAUCAACCGAUCCCUCAUCUUCAAAGAAUGAUCAACAUGUCAUUCUAAUCCUCGACAAGAACGUCCAGAUGCUUCCGUGGGAGAGUUUACCUUGUAUACGAUCGCAAGCGGUAUCACGGUUACCAUCACUGUCGUUCCUAAGAGAUAGAAUUGUGCUAAUGAAGCAUGUUAAUAAACGUAAUGCAGAGGGAAUAUCUACGGACUAUACCGUAGAUAGAAAUAAGACAUAUUAUGUGGUCAAUCCGAGUAAAGAUCUUUCAAAUACUCAAAACGAAUUCGAAGAUUAUUUAAAAAGUUUUCCUGAAUGGGAUGGAGUAAUCGGACGGCCCCCACUAGAACAAGAAUGUAGAAAUGGGCUUGCCAAUUAUGACCUUUACAUAUACUUUGGACACAACAGUGGCGAGCAAUACAUUAGUAGCCACCGCAUACGUCAACUCGACCGAUGUGCAGUGUCACUAUUGAUAGGAUGUAGUAGCGGUUAUCUGCAACCAGCGGGAGAGUUUGACCCAUCGGGCGUAGCUCUUAGCUAUAUGAUGGCUGGAUGUCCUGCGCUUGUGGCUAAUCUGUGGGAUGUGACCGAUAAAGACAUUGAUAGAUUUAGCAAGGCCCUGUUUAGAGAGUGGGGUAUCACGCAUGAUAACAAUGAGAGAGAUAAUGGAUCGCAUAUUUCGCUAGUGCAAGCAGUCAGUAAGGCGAGAAAAGAUUGUUUAUUAGAGUAUUUAAUCGGAGCAGCGCCUGUUGUAUAUGGAAUACCAUGUUAUUUGAGAUAG